GGCCGCUCGCCCCCCACUGCCCAACCAUGAGCAAAUUGGGCAAGAUCUUCAAAGGGACCCGCUCCUCCCGGGCCCGCGCCGCUCCCAGCCCCCAGGAGGCCCUGGCCCGCCUCCGGGAGACCGAGGAGAUGCUGGCCAAGAAGCAGGAGUACCUGGAGAACCGAAUCCAGAGGGAACUGGCCCUAGCCAAGAAGCACGGAUCCCAGAACAAACGAGCUGCCUUGCAGGCAUUGAAAAAGAAGAAGAGGCUUGAGAAGCAACUCACUCAGAUUGACGGCACCCUGUCUACCAUCGAGUUUCAGCGAGAAGCGCUAGAGAACUCACACACCAACACUGAGGUCUUACGGAACAUGGGUUUCGCAGCCAAGGCCAUGAAGGCAGUUCAUGAAAACAUGGAUCUGAACAAAAUCGAUGACUUGAUGCAAGACAUCACAGAGCAGCAGGACAUCGCCCAAGAGAUCUCAGAAGCGUUCUCUCAGAGGGUUCAGUUCGCCGAUGGCUUUGACGAGGAUGAGCUUCUGGCAGAACUCGAGGAACUGGAGCAGGAGGAAUUGAAUAAGAAGAUGACAAGCAUGAAGCUUCCAGAAGUGCCAUCAUCUUCCCUCCCUGCACAGCCCAGUAGGAAGCCCGCCAUGCCCUCCUCAGUACACCGAUCUCGAGCAGCGUCUUCCAGGAAGACAGAGGACGAUGACGAUUUCAAGCAGCUGGCAGCUUGGGCUACUUAAGCCCAAGCUUUUGGCAUCUAGAUUAGUGAGCUGCACAUAAGAUGUAAAUGCUUUUGCAAAGCUUACAAGCUGGCAGAGACCUCUUUCAUGAGUUGUCUCCUAUGUGACAGUUAAGUCAUGUGUGGACUCAGGGAAAAAUGCAAAGGGGCUGGUAGCAUCUUAGAAGACCUUUCUAGACUGACGUAGUCAGAACUAUCUGCUCUGUUCACUGUUGUGUUUCUAUUGAUCCUUUGUAUAUAUGUAUUGAAAGAAACCCGAUUCUACUGACAUUUAGUGCCUAUUUCAGCUUAUGAGUCACCUCUGGGGGAUACCUAGGGUAAUUGGGGGAAAUAUCUAUGCAAAAUCAAAGGCCGCUGUGUGCAUCCAAGUCACCCGUGAUAAAUGUAAACACACUUCUAGAAUAGCUUUGGAGAGAAGUCUUCAGUAAGUGUAUAUAUAGAUAGUUCCAAUUGAGUUUCAGGGUUGAAAAUCUUCAGGGAGCUGUAAUGGACGUUUAUUAUGCCGGUUGAGCUUUAAGCGAGGCAAUGCGCACAUCUCCCCAAGUUCUGGAAACACAAGCAGUUUAGCCUGCUGAGCAGGACUCUCCCGUGUGUGAUUCAGCCACUUAGGAAGCUGAGUGCACACUGGCAGGCCAUUACAAUGCUGUUUUGUCUUCACAGGAAUGUUCAUCCUUUCCUGUUUUAUGCUCUCUUGCAUUCUAACCAGAG